AGUCAAAACCAACAAACAGUUCAAAAAAUUGGAAGAAACAUGCCCAGGAAUUUAUUUACGCUCCUUUUCGGAGCUACGCUAUUAGUCGUCCUAAUAAUGAUGGCUCAAGCUCAGCCCGAUCCAGAAGCCCAAACCGGAGCUCCAACACCACCUACUAGGCGUCCUACACCACCCACUCGGCGACCAACUCCACCAACUAGGCGUCCAACACCACCCACUAGGCGUCCAACACCACCCACUCGGCGACCAACACCACCUACUCGGCGACCAACACCACCUACUAGACGUCCAACACCACCUACUAGGCGUCCAACACCACCCACUCGGCGACCAACUCCACCAACUAGGCGUCCAACACCACCUACUAGGCGUCCAACACCACCUACUAGGCGUCCAACACCACCUACUAGGCGUCCAACACCACCCACUCGGCGACCAACUCCACCACCUAGGCGUCCAACACCACCCACUAGACGUCCAACACCACCUACUAGACGUCCACCACCCCCCACUAGGCGUCCAACACCCCGUCCAACACCCCGACCAACACCAUCCACGACGCCUGCAUAGAUUGGGCCAUUAAUAAAGGGUAGGGAUGUUGCAAGCUUAAGGUGGGGUAACGUCCGUGUAAAUGCAAGGACCUAUAAGGAAUCGAGUGCCUAACAAUGACACAUUAAAUUUUUGGAAUCAUUUAACUGAUUAAGAAAGUAUUUGGAAAUUUUAUAAGAUUUAGAGACAUUUGUUUAAAUAAAAUCAAAAAUUAUUCUUUCAAAAUAAUAUGUGUUUUGCUCUUG